GGCAUCUCCUUGUCAGCAAUUUAGUCUCCGCUCCAUCUAUCCCUGGCUGGUUGCUCGUCCGCCGCCUCGUCGCCAGUCGCCAUGGCUGCUCAGCUCACGCGGUGCGUCGUGCCCGCAGCGUCUACCCGCAUGGGCUCCGCAAAGGCCGUCGCCGCAGUCGCCGCUGCCCAAGCGCACGCGGGCCUUUCCGCCGUCUGGCACGCGUCCCCCGCAUCCGCGCGCAUGCUUCCGCCCUCCGCAUCGGCGUCUUCCGCGCUAUCCUCGAUUUCCCCCGCCACCUCCUCCUCCCCCUCCCCUCCUCUUUCCUCCGCAAUCACCCUCUCCCCUUCCGCCUCCGCAUUCCGCCGCGCCGCGCUGCAACCACUGAAAGCCUCAGCGGGCCGGCCAACCGAGACCAGCCACGUGGCGUUGCGCGCGGAGAUGCAGAGCAUGGAGGAGCUCCCGGAGAAUCUGCAGAAGAUCGUGCGGAGCUUCCAGAUGGUGCCCGACCCGCGAGCGCGGUACCAGCAGCUGCUGUACUACGCCGCGAAGCUCAAGCCGCUGGCUAAGCAGUUCCAGACACCCGAAAACAAGGUCAAGGGAUGCGUCUCACAGGUGUGGGUGCUGCCGACGCUGUCGGACGACGGGCGCGUGCACUUCCAGGCGGAGAGCGACUCGCAGCUCACCAAGGGGCUCGCGGCGCUGCUCGUCGAGGGGCUCAGCGGCGCCACGCCGCAGCAGAUCGUGGCGUUAAAGCCGGACUUCAUUCAGAUGCUGGGGCUGAAGCAGAGCCUCACGCCGUCGCGCAACAAUGGCUUCCUCAACAUGCUGCUGCUCAUGCAGCGCCGCACCCUGCAGCUCUACGCCGAGCGCGAGUCCGCCAACGCCGCCGCCACCUCCGCCUCCCCCUCGGCUGCCGACCCUCCUGCGGAGGCCGCUGGCAAUGGCGCCGCGUCGGUUCCCGCUGCGGCGGCUGCAAUGGCGGCAGCAGCAGGCACAGCGGCUGGUGCUGCUGCUGCUGGGGGUAACGGGGCAAGUGCAGCCGGGGGAGAGGGUGGGGAAGGGGCGGGGGGGGAAGCGGAGGCGCCGAUUGAUCCCCAGCGGCCGGUGUUCUCCUCGAUGACUGCCAAGAUAAGCAAGGCGCUGACGCCCACAGCGUUGGAGGUGGAGGACGUGUCUCACCAGCAUGCAGGCCACUCGGGGAAUCCCUCGGGCAACGGAGAGACGCACUUCAAUGUUCGGGUGGUGUCGGCGGAGUUUGAGGGGGUGCCGACCAUUCGGCGGCACCGCCUCAUCUACGGCCUCCUGGAGGAGGAGUUCAAGCAGGGCCUGCACGCGCUUUCCCUCGUCACCAGAACGCCCGCCGAGGAGGAGCGGCUCUCUGUGCGCUCCUGAGCGAUACCAGCUCCUGGUUACAAGUAUGAAUUUGAUUGAUGCUGCUGCUGGUACAAGUAUGCACCAGGUCCAGCAGUCAUAACUUUACGUCUCCAUUAAAUGUUGUGGGCUUACCAAUAUAGAUCCAGCUUUAUGUGUGCUGUGCUGUUCAGUCGCAUCUUGCAUGUCGACGCCUUAUAUAGAUCCAGAGCCUAGAGGCUGCACUGCCUCCUACAGCAGUCCCUGUUAUCCAACCGGUGUUUGAAGUUGAGGCUGCACUGCACUCGUUAUCCUGGAAAUUCCCCACUCGUUAUCUCUUUCCAAGACAAGGUUAGGAAUCACUCAGGUCAGGACAUGCUGAUAUUGCCUUCAACUUUCACAAUGAGACCGCUGCAAUAUUUCUAUGACCUGGGAUCAGAGCAUCAGAAUCAGCCUGGAUCAGGAGAAUGCA